AUGUCGGAAGGUCAAGUGACCUUGCGCACGCGCAAGUUCAUCCGCAACCCGCUCCUCGGCCGCAAGCAGAUGGUCGUUGAUGUUCUCCACCCCAACCGGCCGAAUGUCUCCAAAGACGAGCUACGUGGCAAGCUCUCCGAACUUUACAAGGCUUCAAAGGACCAAGUCUCAUGCUUCGGCUUCCGGACACAAUUUGGUGGCGGCAAGAGCACUGGAUUUGCGCUCAUUUACGACUCGGAGGAGGCGAUGAAGAAGUUUGAGCCUCACUACAGGCUGGUGCGGUACGGGCAGGCUUCGAAGAUUGAGAAGGCGAGCAGACAGCAACGCAAGCAGAGGAAGAACCGGUCGAAGGAGUUCCGAGGUACUGCGAAGACGAAGGGUGGCGCAAAGGAGAAGAAGGGCAAAUAGAUCAUUGCGUUCGUCGUGUGGUGGAAUGGCGAUGGCGCCAAGGGUUUGCAGUACUCUGCUGCAAUUGCUUUUACGCUUGCAUGAACUGGCGCUCGAGCGUACCUGAAGGCUUCGGGAACAGGCAAAUUAAAAGGCUUCAUUCCAUCAACGCCGCUUUGCUGCAUCGAUAAGCCCUUCACUGUUCGUCAUGAGACUCGUCCCGACCUGUGCUGAGGUGUCGCGUUGGGCGGUGGCACAGUGUACAGGAUGUCUCACAACUAUUCAUGCCUACCCGAUGCAUUAAUCUAUGCAUGAUCAUCGCCGAUAUUUACUGACGCUCAUCCACCG